AUGAAAGGCUACUGUUUUUAACCAAGCUCCAGGGAAAUUAUAGAAAAUCUCCAAACAAAUAACUAGAGUCCUCAUAUUGAGUUGGUCUCUACAACCCAUAGAUUGAUGGCUAUGUCAACAUAUUAAAGACCAAAGAAAAUAAGGAGAAACACAACUAUUUCCAUCUUUACGUAAUUUUAUAUAAAUAAACAGAUAAUAAAAUGAAAGUGAAUCUCCUAAAAAAUCUCAAAGAUGGCUAUUUAUGUUGAGGAAAUAUAUUACUAUUGUAAGAAUAUCAAUAAGUUUUAUUAAUUCUUUAAAAGAAUAUUAAAAUAAAUAGAAAAUAGAAAGACUAGAUUCAAAACAAUGGAAAAAGGAAUCCUUACUACCAUUUUAUCCUGAUGAUUUUUUCAUUAAAAAAUGGAGAAUAUUCAUUGAAAUUUUAACAUUUUCAAGUGUCAUUUUGUAUCCCAUUUAUAUCAAUUUCGAAGUUAAUAAAGUAAUUGAAACUGUAGUUAUAGUAUUUGACUUAUUCUUUUUGAUUGACAUUUUUAUUAACUUUCUAACUGGAUAUAUUGAUGAAUGCAAUAAUUUAAUAAUUGAUUUUAACUCCAUUUUUAAACAUUACUUUAAAACUUGGCUCUUUUUUGAUGUUUUGUCUGUAAUCCCAGCAAUUAAUUAUGAAAAAGAAUGGUUUAAAAAAUUCAAAAUGAUUAGAGUACUAAAAUAUUUUUUAAAUAACAAAGAAGUUACCUAUAAAGGACAAGAGAAUUAUGUUAAACUUAUUGAGUCAUUAAAUCCUGAACAAGAAUUUACAUUAAAAAGCGGAACUAAAUAUCUUUUAAAUGUAAUUAUAACAUCAUGUUUAUUAAUACAUAUUUUUGGGUGUUGGUAGCAUUACUUCGAUUCAGGAGAUUAUAUAACAAAUAUCUAUUGGUCAUCCUAAACUAUUACUACUGUUGGUUAUGGUGAUAUCAAUGCUAAAUAUGAAUUUGCUGUUCUUUGGAUGGUCAUAGGAGUAGCAUUCUAUUCUUUCACUAUUGGUGAUUUUGCUUUAAUGAUGCAAAAAUCAAAAGUAAAUGCAGAACAGGAUCUUUUAUUUUUGAUAGAAUAAUUAGGUCAUGCUUAAAAUUUCUCUGAAAAAUUGAAACAUAAAUUCUAGUUUUUUGUUAAAAGCAAUCUAUAUCAUAAUUAAUUUUGGUUAGAAGAAUAUAAGUCUAUGGCAAAAGAGCUACCUCAUAACUUAAAAUUAUAUUUAACGCUAAGUACAAUGCUUGAUAUUUGUAAAUAAAUUCCAUUGUUUUUAUAUGAUAUCAAUUAUACAUCUUUAUUGUUAUUAAAUAUUAGAUAUUUGAUUGUUGAAGAAGGAUUCAUUUUGUACAGAGAAGGUCAAAGUUCAAGUGAAAUAUUCUUUUUGUUAUAAGGAGACAUUCGAAUUAUGACAAAAGACAAAACAAUUCUAUUAAAUAUUUUAGAAGGAACAAUUUUUGGAGAGUUUGAAGCUAUUGAAGAGAAAUUAAGAGGAACGUAUUGUGUUGCAUAAAGAAAAUCUAUUUGUUUAGUCAUUCCAUAUAGAAUAUUAAGAAGAGUUAUGUCCUAAAGUUAAAUAUUGGAUUUCGAAAUCAGACAACUACAUUUAAGAAGAAGAAGAUUAAUAAUCAAUAAUUUUAUAGAAGAAAGAAGUAAAUUUUUUAAUUUAAAUAAGGAAGAAAGCAUGCCUAUAAAAGGUAAUAAGUGAGAUUUUAUACGUAGUCAUUUUUACAAAUGACUAAAGAAGAAUAUGUUUUGAAUAAAAAGAUAAUCCAAAUAUUGAGUGUAGAAGAAUAUAAUAAGUCAUUAUUAAGUAAGAUUANCAAGUGUCAUUUUGUAUCCCAUUUAUAUCAAUUUCGAAGUUAAUAAAGUAAUUGAAACUGUAGUUAUAGUAUUUGACUUAUUCUUUUUGAUUGACAUUUUUAUUAACUUUCUAACUGGAUAUAUUGAUGAAUGCAAUAAUUUAAUAAUUGAUUUUAACUCCAUUUUUAAACAUUACUUUAAAACUUGGCUCUUUUUUGAUGUUUUGUCUGUAAUCCCAGCAAUUAAUUAUGAAAAAGAAUGGUUUAAAAAAUUCAAAAUGAUUAGAGUACUAAAAUAUUUUUUAAAUAACAAAGAAGUUACCUAUAAAGGACAAGAGAAUUAUGUUAAACUUAUUGAGUCAUUAAAUCCUGAACAAGAAUUUACAUUAAAAAGCGGAACUAAAUAUCUUUUAAAUGUAAUUAUAACAUCAUGUUUAUUAAUACAUAUUUUUGGGUGUUGGUAGCAUUACUUCGAUUCAGGAGAUUAUAUAACAAAUAUCUAUUGGUCAUCCUAAACUAUUACUACUGUUGGUUAUGGUGAUAUCAAUGCUAAAUAUGAAUUUGCUGUUCUUUGGAUGGUCAUAGGAGUAGCAUUCUAUUCUUUCACUAUUGGUGAUUUUGCUUUAAUGAUGCAAAAAUCAAAAGUAAAUGCAGAACAGGAUCUUUUAUUUUUGAUAGAAUAAUUAGGUCAUGCUUAAAAUUUCUCUGAAAAAUUGAAACAUAAAUUCUAGUUUUUUGUUAAAAGCAAUCUAUAUCAUAAUUAAUUUUGGUUAGAAGAAUAUAAGUCUAUGGCAAAAGAGCUACCUCAUAACUUAAAAUUAUAUUUAACGCUAAGUACAAUGCUUGAUAUUUGUAAAUAAAUUCCAUUGUUUUUAUAUGAUAUCAAUUAUACAUCUUUAUUGUUAUUAAAUAUUAGAUAUUUGAUUGUUGAAGAAGGAUUCAUUUUGUACAGAGAAGGUCAAAGUUCAAGUGAAAUAUUCUUUUUGUUAUAAGGAGACAUUCGAAUUAUGACAAAAGACAAAACAAUUCUAUUAAAUAUUUUAGAAGGAACAAUUUUUGGAGAGUUUGAAGCUAUUGAAGAGAAAUUAAGAGGAACGUAUUGUGUUGCAUAAAGAAAAUCUAUUUGUUUAGUCAUUCCAUAUAGAAUAUUAAGAAGAGUUAUGUCCUAAAGUUAAAUAUUGGAUUUCGAAAUCAGACAACUACAUUUAAGAAGAAGAAGAUUAAUAAUCAAUAAUUUUAUAGAAGAAAGAAGUAAAUUUUUUAAUUUAAAUAAGGAAGAAAGCAUGCCUAUAAAAGGUAAUAAGUGAGAUUUUAUACGUAGUCAUUUUUACAAAUGACUAAAGAAGAAUAUGUUUUGAAUAAAAAGAUAAUCCAAAUAUUGAGUGUAGAAGAAUAUAAUAAGUCAUUAUUAAGUAAGAUUAUAGGUAAAAAGCUACAAAGACUUUCUUAAUUUUUGGUCAAAUUCAAAAGAUCUGUUUAAAGAGUAAUUGAAAUGAAUCAUCAAUUAGAUGAAACUAUACCAGAAUAAUGGAGAGAAUUGAGUAAUUACCAAUUAAUAAAGAGAGUCUUUCCUAAAGAUUAUUUGUCAUAGAAAUUUUAAUAGAUUUCCUUAUCAAGAAAAUCUUCAUCGGUUCAUUCUUCAGUUAGCAAACUAAGCAAAAUGAAAUAUUCAACUUAUAGUUAACAAUAUUUUUUUCAAAAGCUCCCUGAGAUUAGAUUAAAACAUAUAGUUUUACAACAUAUUAGAUUAACUAAAAAUAAAUUUGUCCCGCUUUAAUAAAUAAUAAACAAGUACUCAGAAGAUCCUGAAUAACUUAAUUUAAAGAAAAAGGAAAGUGUUGAAAGGUCAGUAUGGACCAAAAAGUUUACAAAGAUAUCUCAAACAGUUAUUCUACGAAUCGAUCAAAUCUAAGACAGUGGUGAUAAAUAUAAUGAAAUAAUGCAGUCAAUGAAAAAGAUUGAAAAAUUGUGGCUAAAAGGAUCUAUGUACAAGUUUGAAUGGUUCUAAGAUUAACAUUCAUAAUCGAAAUAAUUUUUAAUUUGA